ACAGAUUACAGAAGCCAAGACCAUUCCUUAAAUCAUGCCAUUUUGGAUCUUGCCUGUUGCAAGACCCCCCAAAGUGUGUAUGUCAUGCUAUCCCACAUUCGGUCCAUCACUGGUGUUGCCAUAUUGAGGGAGUUUUCCACCAGGCACAUCUUUGCUUCCCCCCCUUCAGAUUUUCGAUCCAAGAUGAAAAGGUUAGCUGAUUUAUCUCAGCUCACUACCAUU